AUGUCUUAUAACAGUAAACCUGAGUGGGUAAAUUGGAUUGAAGAAGCUAUAUUAAAAAAACAUAUUAAACAUUAUGAAUAUGAAAAUUUUUCCAACCUUGAAAAAAUUGGUACUGGGGGCUUCGGAGAGGCUUAUCGUGCAAAAUGGAAAAGGUCUAAAAUUUUGGCAUUAAAAUCUCUCAACAAUGCUACAGCAGUCGAAAAAAUUGUUCAUGAGCUUCAAAUCCAGCGCGACGUGGAUUUUCAUGAGAACAUUAUUAGAUUUUUGGGCAUUACAAUAGAAAAUCCAAAUAACAGUUCAAAGAAAUAUAUGUUGGUAAUGGAAUAUGCCGAUGGUGGUACUCUUCGAGAAUAUCUAAAAAAAAGAUUUGAAAAACCCAAACUCAGUUGGAAUAGUAAAUUAAAAUUGGCACGUCAAUUAUCUAGCGCCGUAUCAUGCUUACAUAAUGAGGGCACUAUUCAUCGUGAUUUGCACUCAAAUAACGUAUUGAUCCAUAAAAAUAACAUCAAAUUGGCCGAUUUUGGGUUAUCAAAAAAGGUUGAAAAGUCAAAUAAAUCACAAGGUUGUCACGGUGUAAUUGAAUAUGUUGAUCCAAAAAAAUUCGCCGGUAAUACAUUAUACUCUUUAAAUGAAAAGAGCGAUGUUUAUAGUGUAGGUGUACUUCUAUGGGAGAUAUCAAGUGGUCGGCCACCUUUCGAGGGUAAAAGCGAAUACUUUUUACUUACGAAUAUUCCGAAAGGUCUUAGAGAAACACCUAUCCAAGAUACUCCUGAAGAAUAUGAAAAGAUUUAUACCGAUUGUUGGGAAUUUGAACCAGAUGAUCGUCCAACUAUCUAUGACGUAGUUGAUAGAUUAGAAGCAAUUAGUAGUAAAACCACAAAAUCUUGGAAUUCAUCGCCUUCAUCACGUAAUAAUUCAUUGCCUUCAUCACGUAAUAAUUCAUCGCCUUCAUCACGUAAUAAUUCAUCACCCUCACCACGUAAUAAUUCAUCACUUUCAUCGCGUAAUAAUUCAUCACAAGGUUUCAAAGAAAAAGGAUCUAAAUCUAAGAAAGAUAUAGUUGAUGGAAUAGCUGCUCUUCCUUCUAAAAUAUAUGAUAAAAGUAAAAGACAGAAAAUUCUUGAUUACCUUGAAGAUCAUCAUGUGACCUCAAAAGAAAUUUUAGAUUGGCUAAAAAAUAAUCAAAAUUAUCCCAAUUCUCUUCUUGUGUUGGGAGAUUUUCAUUAUUUAGGAAUUGCAACUAAGGUUGACAAAAAAAUGGCUUGUGAAUUCUAUGAGAAAGCAGGAGAUGGAUAUGAUGGACUUAGCGUAGCUCAAUACAAUCUUGGUGUUAUAUGUGAAAAUGACAAAUUAGGCGACACAUUUAAAGCAAUGUAUUGGUAUAAAAAAUCUGGUGAACAGGGAAAUCAUGAAGCUAGGGAAAGUUUUUAUAGAUUACGAAGUGCUCCAAGUAAGACACUUUCUGUAGAUAGUAUUGAUAAAUUUGAUGAUAUGAGUAUUUUUUUUCCACAUUAAAUAUUGGAAGAGAUUGACAGAUAUUAUAAUACUACUUAAGAUUUGUACUAAAAUAUAAAAAUACAUUAAUUGACGCGUCUCGUUAUAAUAAAUCUGGUUUUUGUUACAUCUUUCUACGA